CACCCCCACUCCUAUACAACCAAGAAAAAGCAGAAUGCAAAAAUUAAACCCAAUCCCCUUCCCCCUCCCCCUAACCCUAGGAACAGACAUCGUCCACCUCCCCCGCAUCACCCGCCUCGUCACCCGCCCCGGCGGCUUCCUCACGCGCUUCACGCGUCGCAUCCUGCACGAGCAAGAGCAGCGCGAUUUUCGGGCCCGGUUUGGUCUUUUCCCUGUCUCCCCUCCUACUGUCUCUUCUGCUGGGGAUAAGAAUGAUAAAAACGGAUCGGCUACACCCCCCCAAUUCCCCGUGUCGGGCGACAUGACGCGCUGGUUGGCGGGUAGGUUCGCCGCGAAGGAGGCAGCGCGCAAGGCGGCGCCUGGGGGAGCGGCUAGUUUGAGCUGGAAGGAUGUGCUUGUGAGGGCUGGGGAGGAGAAGGGUGGGGUGAGGGGGCGCCGGAGGUGGUGUUUUUGGGGAGGGGGAGGGUGA